UCAGCGAUCUCCUCACUGCCUAAGCUUUGGAGCCAAAAUGAAGGACACCGUCCUCUUAUGGAUUCCAAUUCUGCUGGUUUUAGUGGCAAACGCAUCAUAUGGGCAAAUUUCUACCAUUAACGUGGCAGCAGGGAAGCCCAUAACAGCAACUUCAACUUGCGGCGUAGGCUUGAGUGAACCGGAGAUAUACUGUACGUUGGCUAGCGUCCCUGGAAAAUUUGGACUCAGAGGCUUAAAAUGCGACCAUUGUGAUCCUAAUAAUUUUUACAAAGACAGAAAUAUCAAGUUUGCUGUUGAUGGUUCGGAAAGAUGGUGGCAAUCUCCUCCGCUGUCCCGAGGUCUGGACUACCAGAAAGUGAAYAUYACAAUCGAUCUGGAGCAGGAAUAUCAAGUUGCAUAUGUUGUUAUCAAAACUGGCAAUGCACCACGUCCUGGAGUAUGGUCUCUUCUGCGAUCAGUUGAUGGUGGUCGCACUUUUACCCCAUGGCAACACUUUGCUGGCUCAAGAAAAGAAUGUCUCAAGUACUUUGGCAUUGAGAGCUAUCUGCCCCUCACACGAGACGACUCUGUCAAAUGUUCCACUGAGUAUAGCAAAAUCCCACCUUUCAAGAAUGGAGAGAUUCACAUUUCUCUUGGAAAAGACAGGCCAGGAUUUUCCAACUUUUCAUAUAGCCCAGUUUUACAGCAAUGGACAAAGGCAACGCAUAUCCGUCUKCAGUUAAGAAAAGUGAAGACAUUGCUUACAGAUCUGUUGCCACUUGCACGAGAAGAUCCAACGGUUACUAGGAGGUAUUUCUAUUCCAUCAAGGAUAUAUCAGUUGGUGCUAUCUGCAUGUGUAAUGGUCAUGCUGCACAGUGUGUAGAGUCCCAACARGGUGGCAAAUCUGAGUUUGUUUGCCAAUGUAAGCAUAAUACUUGUGGUGCCAAAUGUGACAGGUGCUGUCCAUUCUUUGUGCAGAAAAAAUGGAGUCCAGGAAAACCUUGUGAAGCUUGUAACUGUCACAGGCAUUCGUCUGAGUGUAGAUACGAUCCAAAUGUUGAUGCUAAUAAACAAAGUCUUGAUUUAAACAAUAAGUAUGAAGGAGGUGGAGUGUGUAUCAACUGUCAGCAUAAUACUGCUGGUAUWAACUGUGAACAGUGUAAAGCAGGCUAUUAUAACCCUACUGGAGUACCAAAGACGUCACGUGAUGCAUGUAGACCUUGCAACUGUAAUGACAAGUUUUCUAGUGGCCGUUGUUAUCCAGACACUGGAUUUUGUGAGUGCAUCACAGCUAACUAUGGUGGACCUAAAUGUGAUCGUUGCAGUGAAGGCUACUAUGGGUUUCCCGAUUGUAGGCCUUGUGAUUGUAACCCUGCCGGUACUACUGGACGGGUGUGUGGUCCCACUGGAAAUCAGUGUCCAUGUAAACCAAACUUUGCUGGAAACAAAUGUGAUCGUUGUGCUCCUGGUUAUUAUGGUUACCCUGAUUGUCGAAGUUGCAAUUGUGAUACACUGGGCGCUUUUGACAAUGUGUGCAACCCUGGCAAUGGACAAUGCCGCUGUCGACGACCUUAUGUAGGAAGACAAUGCAACCAGUGUGACCGAGGGUUCUAUAGCUAUCCGCAGUGUAAACGUUGCAACUGUGAUACUCUGGGCGCUUUUGAUAAUGUGUGCAAUCCUGGCAAUGGACAAUGCCGCUGUCGACGACCUUAUGUAGGAAGACAAUGCAACCAGUGUGACCGAGGGUUCUAUAGCUAUCCGCAGUGUAAACCCUGCAACUGUGAUUGGGAUGGCACAGGACCAAGAAUAUGUGAUCCUUUGUUGGGAAAGUGUAUCUGCCUGGAUAACUUUUCUGGYGAAAAUUGUGAUAAGUGCAAUGUUGGAUACUAUGGRUAYCCAGGAUGCAGAAGCUGUGGUUGCUCGCCUCAAGGUUCUGUUUCAUCAGCUUGUGAUGAAAAWGGUGUGUGUAAAUGCAAGCAAAACUACAUUGGUGAGAAAUGUGACCAGUGCCGCUAUGGUUUCUAUGACUACCCAAGGUGUAUUAAGUGUGGUUGUGAUGACCGUGGGUCUAGACAUGAAUUUUGUGAUUUAAARACUGGACAGUGUACUUGUAGAGGCAGUUUUAGAGGACAAAACUGUAACCARUGUAGGUCUGGAUUUUAUGGAUUCCCUGACUGCAAAGCUUGCCAGUGCAAUCCUGCUGGAAUUAAACCUAUUCCUGGUCGUCGUCUUGGAGAUUGUUCGUAYUCUAACAAUGGCCAGUGUGAUUGCAAAGACAAUGUACAAGGAUUAGAGUGUACAGAAUGUAAGAUUGGCUAUUACAAUCUGAGAGCUGAUAACCCCAAGGGAUGUGAUAGCUGUUUCUGUGACCGGGCWGGAGUUGCAUCAGGACUGGCUAAUUGUGAUGAACGUACAGGAGAGUGUACCUGYAAACAACAUGUGACAGGCAGCAGAUGCGAUACGUGUAAAGUAGGAUACUUUGGAUUGGAAGAAAAAAGAGAAUUCGGAUGCAUAGGUUGUAACUGUGAUGUCGGUGGGUCAAUUGAUCAAGUCUGUGAUACCAAGACUGGACAGUGCAAGUGUAGACCAAAUGUUGAGGGGCUCGAUUGUAGCAGRCCAGUUCGCAAUCACUACUUCCCAGAUCUACACCAGAUCAAGGCUGAAGUAGAAGAUGGCUGUGUUCCAUCAACUCCCAAUGGUAUAUCAGGAAGAGAUGUUCCAGGAAAAUUUCAGUCUGAUCCAUCAAGUCAAGGAGAUGAAAGUAUCGAUUGUAAACCUGUUAGGUUUGGUUUUGAUGACAAAGAGUUUCCUGGAUACUCGUGGAAAGGUUAUGUUGGCUUCACAGAUUUACAGAAAACAAUCACAGUCACUCUUGAAGUCCCCAAAACAGGACGCUAUCAUGUCAUCUUCAAGUAUGUCCUCAACCAAAAAGACGCUGUGGACGGCCAAAUUGUUUUCAGUCCGCGUGGCCAAGGUUCUAAGCAAAGUAGCCCAGUGACAUUCACUUCAACUCAAGUUGGUUCUACUUUUACUGAUGGGUAUGCUGUUGCUGCAGUAAAUGGCGUUUCCACACAGUUUAUGCUGACACAAGGAACAUGGGAUUUGACUUUUACAGCUCCACCAUCAAAGCUUCUUUUGGAUUAUAUAUCAGUGGUGCCSCAACAGUACUACCAGGCCAGUAUCCUUCAACGCAAGGUCAAUAACCCUUGUGUAGUGGAUGAUCAAAGUCAACUAUGCACACAGUAUUCAUACCUAAACACUAUUAGGCCUGAYUUUGUGACSGUCGAACUGGAAAAGGGAUAUAUCAUCACUCGACAGUUUGGUAGACAGCAGACUCAUGUGUUUGAUGAUGCAAGAGUWUUAGAACAACUUGCUUUCAAAGAAAUGGCAUAUCUUGAUAGAACACAGACACGUGUAACUGAGGAUAUUGAUAUAAGGAAACCAGGGAAAUAUGUGCUGAUAAUGCAGUAUUAUCACCCUUCAGACCAGGUCAAAACGUUGAACAUYUACUUGAGGUCACGACGGAGACAAGUUCAGAAAGGAACAUUUUACCUUCAUAGCUGUCGCUUUAAGUUUGGUUGCCGACAGGUUGCUCUGGAUGAGAAUAGAAAGCUGAAGGUCUUUGAAGCUGAUAAGAUUGAAAGACGUGUYGUUACACUUCUUAUUGGUGCGGAUACUUCAGUAGCUGUGGAUUCAGUAACUGCAAUACCUUUAGAGAAGUGGAAUCUAGACUAUGUAGUUCCCAGGCCCUUGUGCACAACAAAGGAYAAUAAAUGCAUUGCAUCAUCAUACCCAUUCCCUAAAGGAUCUGUACAGUUUGAUGCAGGACMAGAUGGUAGUAAACCUCCUCCAAAUAUCUUAGACCCAUCAAAGAAACUAAAGUUUGUCAAGGGCCCAUCUACUUUCAACCUUGUUGGUUCCAUACCAAAAACUGGCAAGUACUCCAUCGUUAUCCACUAUUACCAACCMAACCAUGCUAGCUUUAGUUCAAGUGCAACUAUCACUAGUGACAAAGUUUCCCUUGGAAGGGUCAAGUUUGAUAAUUGUCCCAAUGUAGAAGGUUGCCGUACAGUAAUAGAAUCAAAUGACAGGACAAGUCUAUUUGAUCUUGGGAGCCGAUCUGCGUCAGUACAGCUCGAUAUUCCRCUGAACAAGUCUCUUUGGAUUGACUAUGCAUUGCUAAUACCAGAAAGUCAAUACAGUCAGSACGUGGUGGACACACUUCCUCUAUCCUUUGCAAAAGAAUUCAUUAAGGACUGUCCUCAAGAUGGCUACUUUAUUAAACCAUCAUCGCCAUGGCCUGGUGUUUGUACUAAACCUGUCUUUUCACUUACAACCGCUUUUAAUAAUGGUACGUUGCCAUGCAACUGUAACCCCAAGGGAUCACAAAGCACUGAGUGUAGACAGGUUGGUGGGCAGUGCCCAUGCAAACCUAAUGUCAUCGGCCGUGAGUGUAAUAGAUGCAAAACUGGUUAUUAUGGCUUCCCUAACUGCAGAAAAUGUCAGUGUGUGUUYUGUAAUGAGGUGACAGGGGCAUGUGAYUGUCCACCAAACACCGUUGGCAAAAACUGUGAAGAAUGYUUGAAAGGAACUUAUGGCUAUCACCCGAUUCGUGGCUGUCAAGAUUGUCAGUGUGACAUCUCUGGUGUUAGAGGAGGSGGCAUAUCAUGUGAUGUCAUUACUGGAAAAUGUCCUUGCAAACCAUCAAGAACUGGSCCAAGAUGUGAUAAAUGUGCCGUGGGACGCUUUGGGUAUCCAUUUUGUAACCAGUGUGACUGCGACAAAAGGGGUGUUCUCUCUAAUGUCUGUGAUGCUAAGGGGCAAUGCAUUUGUAAGCCAAAUGUUAUUGGACCACGAUGUGAUAAGUGCCGUCCUGGUUACUUUAACCUUGAUCCUAGUAACCCCAAUGGAUGYACUAAAUGUUGGUGCUCGGGAGUCUCUGGCUUGUGCUCAAGUUCUAAAUUACAAAGGACUCGUUUUGGACAAAUGUUAGGCUGGAMGAUUGAGAACACAGAUGCUCCAGUAAUUGACAGUGGAUUCAAUGAGAUAACWGCAUCAGUUGCCGGGAAAAGAACAGACCCAGACAAACCUGUUUAUUGGAUAGCACCUGACGAAUAUACAGGCAGGAAGGUUUAUUCCUAUGGAGGUGAAUUAAUCUACAGUGUCAGGUAUUUUGUACCWGUAGAAGUCAAAAACCCUGUGCUGACUGAAAAGCCAGAAGUGGUCAUGCAAGGAAAGAAUGGUGUUACACUGACAUACAGAGARCAACAAAAACUCACUCCUAAUGAUGUKCACAAUAUGAGGAUACGUUUCCAUGAGAAAUACUGGUCUGUUGGUAACCAUAGCAGCGUUACACGAGAUGAACUCAUGUCAGUUCUAGUAGACAUAGAAACACUCAAGAUACGAGCCUCCUAUAGUACAUCAGUAGCAGAUACCAGCCUUAUUAAUGUCCUCAUGGACUUUGCAAGAAGCAUUCCUGGUCAACCUUUUGAUGCUACUUCUGUUGAAGAGUGCAUCUGCCCAUCUUCUGCUUCUGGUAGCUCAUGUGAUCUCUGUGGAAACGGCUACACUCGGGGUGAAGACAACAAGACUUGYGUUAAGUGUCAAUGCAAUAAACACUCUAGUGAAUGCAAUCCUGAAACUGGGGAAUGUUAUAACUGUUUGCACAACACCACAGGUGAUCGUUGUCAAGCAUGUGUCAAAGGUUUCUAUGGUGAUCCCUCCAUUGGUUCCCCAAAUGACUGUAAAUUAUGYAAAUGCCCACUAGGAAUUUCCUCAAACAGUUUUGCAUCUGAGUGUAAGCUUGACGACCAAAGAGGUUUGAUUUGUGUGUGUAAUAAAGGAUACACUGGCCCUCGUUGUUCACAGUGUGCUGACGGUUACUAUGGUGACCCGACYGAGCUUGGUAAUUACUGUAAACCAUGYCAGUGCAAUGGUAACAUUGACCCACAAGUCCCUGGUAGUUGUGACCCUUACACAGGAAAGUGCUCAAAGUGUAUCAACAAAGCUGUGGGAGAUAAUUGCGAACGUUGUCGGGAUGGUUACUAUGGCGAUGCUGUGGUUGCUAAGAACUGCCAAAAGUGCAAGUGUGAUGCUUGUGGUACCGUGACAACGUUGUGUAACUACACCACUGGKGCAUGYCAGUGCAAGAAGAACGUGAUUGGUGAUACUUGUAACAAAUGCAAGGCCAACACGUGGAACUUCAAUAGUUGUCUGGGAUGUGAGGACUGUAACUGUGCGAAUGCUUCGUUGGGUCAGUCAUGUGACACUAGAACUGGACAGUGUCUUUGUAAACCUGGUGCCAUAGGAAGAAAAUGUGAUCGAUGCCAGGCUGGUUUCUGGGACUAUAAACCUGAGGGCUGYCAAGAAUGCAAUUGCCCUAAAGACAAGGAUAACAUGUGGGGAUUCUGCGAUGUGAACACAGGGCAGUGCUGYAAACCAGGUGGUAACUGUACAAUAUGUCCGCCUAACUACAUUCUGACUCAAACCGGCUGUGAAUAUUGUGGAGAGUGUGUAGGACGGUUGUUGAAGACRGCCACUGGUCUUGACCAAAACAUCACAAGAGUCCUAGACUACUUGACAAGAGGAGCUGCAGGACUCAUUGCGGAGGCAAAGUUGAAAGAUCUUAAUGAUACCGUAAAUAAGUUGAUUCCACCUACCAACAUGUACACACACACUAUGGAAAAAGUCGCUAUCACUGUAGGAUUAUCAGUGAACAAUCAAACAGCUGUUCCUCUUCCAUUUGCUCGAUAUCCAUUGAGCUCUACCAGCGGAGGCAUGGAUGUUAGUAACAAYCAUCCUAGUGCAGACGUUCAAACGUCAUCGUACACUGACAGUCCUAAUGGUCUUGAYAGUGCUGUKGUUCUUGAUGGCAAUCAAAACAGCUAUGUUGCUAUACGUGGUGCCAACUUCAGCACUGGAAAUUAUCGUAAUGAUAUGGAGGAUUUCCAAUUUUACAUCAAUGAAGUAUUAAUUGAGGAAAUGGGUAUGCUUGGCGCUGGUGGCAUUGAUAUGGGAGCUGCUGAAGUGCGUAUUGGAGCACAGAAGAACGUUAUCGACUAUUUCUCUGGAGCCGUUUCAUGUCUGCAGAUAUUUGAUGAAGCGCUUAAUAUUCAACAGAUAGCUUUGCUUAAGAGUGCUUGCAGUGCAGACUUUGUCCAACCUCCACUCCCUUCAACAAAAUCACUAAAACAUCAAUCCAAAGAGAGUCAAACAAUGACACACAAAAUGGAAGAAAAAAUGUCYAUGUUGAUGAAAGAAACAAUAGACUCGAGUAUGAAAGCCACCAAGUCUAAGACUGAUGCUUUUGACUUGGAACAAGAUAUUCGUGAUGCAUUGAACAAGUCAAGAAAUAUAAUAAACAUAGCUGGAGGCAUUGCAGACACCCUAAAAUCAGGCUCAGCCAACCAAAGCAUGCUACUGAAAGAAGCAGAAGAAAUCCUUAAAGAGUUACAAAAUAGAGACUUCACUGAUUUGAACAACACAGUGAACAAUGAACUUGACAUCAUCGCAUCAGUGGCUGGCACAGCUAGAAUGCUGUUAAAUGAAACACUUGGUCUCCAUGACCAGGCWAAUAGAGCCAAAGAAAUGAUUGCAAAGUUAAAAAAAGAAUUCAUGGGGUUAUUGGAUACUAGUGUKAAAAUCUUGGAGAACGUUACCAUUGCUGAGAAAUGGAACGAUAAAAGUAAACAUUACGACUACAUGACUCAAAUUAUGGAAGCGAAAGCAAAGAAAGAAGCCAUGCAAGAGACUUUAAACAUGGUGCAAGACGUACUUAGGAAGACUUCAGUCAGCCUUAURAAUGCAACCCAAAGUUUUGAGAGCUUCAAUGGCAGCUUUGCUCGUCUUGACGAUCUCAUUCGUCAAGUCUACGAUAGAUUCAAGAACCUUACGAUGAUGAUCAAUGAUCUACAACCCUUAGCAAGACGAGCUGGCAAUCACUCUGAAGUAUUACGAAAGCAAGCUAAAGUCCUAGAAGAUCUCCUAGAAGAUACCAAACAGUUCUCAGAGAAAGCUCUUAACGCUUCGAAGGCUUACUCUAACAUUGCUAACAAAUUGAAUGAAGCGCUAGAAAUUGCRAGACAAGCUGAAGGGAAUGCUACACAAGCACAGGAAAAGGCAAAACAUGUGAGUGACAGAGCAAAGGUAUCAAACGACAACAGCAGAGACAUCUUGAACAAAUCAAGAGUUGCAAAAGACAGGGUCGAAGGCAACCUACAAAACCUUCUUGACAAUCUCAAAGAUCGCAUUGAAAAGCUAAAAAGAAAGAUCGCGUCUGUGGAAGUUGAUUUGGGGAUGGUUGACGAUACUUUUGAGGAGAUUGAUAAACAUGGUGACAUGGGCGCCAGGGCAAAUACUGCUGAGAARAACGCCACAGAUUACCAAAUGGUUGCAAACGAUGCUUAUGAAAUCGCAAGGAAAAUUGAGGAUGCACUACCACAACUUGAACAACUGAAACAAGAUAUCAUUUACGCCAACAACAACAUUACUGAGACAGAAGUGGAAAUGUUGGAUGCUGUGAAUAAAUCAUUGAAUCUGAAGGAUCGUAUCACGGUAGUCAGUACCAAACAGAAAAGAAUCCAAGAUGAACUUAAGACUGAAGUUUUGGAUGUGAUACGAGAGAUUCAGAACAUGCUCAGUGAGUCUCAUGGCAUACUAAAGAGUUUAGAUCAAGUGAUGGACUUCACCGGUGAAACGUUUACCAAUCCCCCUCCACCACCACUGUCACGUGGCUCGAGCKCCUUCAAAGACAUUGAACUACUGAUAAAACCUCGUGUGGAGAAUGCACUUCUGUUGUACUUUGGACGAAUUUUAAAUACACAGCGACUGCGGAGACAGGCUGGUCAAGAAUGUGAAUGGGAUUUCAUUGCUAUAGAAUUAAAGAACAGCAAGGCUCAUGUCGUCAUGUGCAUCUCUAAAAGAUUAGCAACAAUUACUAGUGAGGAGGAUUUGAGACCAUUUAAGGAAUCUGAGACAACAGACAAAUUGGUUUUGGCAGGAAGUGAAUCAAAAGACCCGUAUUACAAGAUCCGCUUUCAACUGAAUGGUGAURGUGCAACUCUGAACGUCGAGGAGUACAUUAGCAACAAAAAAGACGUCAUAACAUAUAAAACAAAGAAAACUAAGAUCACUGCUUCUAGCCCCGUGUUUCGUGUGGAUCCUGAUAAUAGUCAUCUGUUGGUUGGUGGUGUCCCUGAUGGUGUUCAAGUACCAAAGGAAGUAUCACGUGUUAUGUACCAGGGAGCAAUGGAUGGUGUCAGGAUUGACUUUGUUCCUGUUGGAUUGUGGGAUACCAAGGAACUUAUCAAACCAAAGUUCACCUUCAUAAGGCAAGCCUUCAAGAAAGAUGUCGAGAAUGAGUAUCAAUUCUUCGGAAACAGCUUCAUCAAAAGUGGAAAAUUCAAACGAAGCAUACUCUAUGACUUCUCKUUUGAUUUCAAAACUAUUCAAUCUAAUGGCGUCCUUCUUCUUGCCGUAGAAGGAAAUAAAUAYACUAUGGUCGACAUUGUUAACUCUCGGCUACGCUACAGCUAUAACAUGGGUUCUGGUAAUGCUAGCGUCGUGUCGAAUAAGAUUGUCAGUGAUGGCAAAACACAUAGCGUUCAAAUAUUAGAAACCGGUGAUGAUUUKGAUCGAUUUGAUUUCAUAAUCACCGAUGGCAAAGGAGUCAAGGAAGAAGUUGCUAAAGAAAAACUUUUCUACGAGAAUAAAGAGUAUAAUGGACAAGUGGUGGCCGAGUACGUUUAUUUUGGCGGUGCUGAAAAAUACCCGAAGUUGCCCGCUGGAAUGGAAAAUAGUGAUAUUAAGAACUUCAUAGGUUGUAUGUCUAAAAUUAAGACCAGCAUUUCUAACCGACCGAAGCCUGGAGACGACGUCUUUGUGAAUAUCCAGAAAUUUUGUGAUAAAGAUCAACCCGCUCGUUAUGUCACAAUGGUCUCUGAUAAUAGUUACCUGGCACUGAAGCCGUUCCCGCUAMRAAAMCGGCAGCUCUCUAUCGGUAUUGCUUUCAAGACAAAAUCCGAAUAUGGCAUCAUAUUGUUCCAAUCACAUAUGUCYAACAAAGAUACUCUGAUCUUAGCCAUGAAGGAAGGCCGUGUUGAAUUUAUGGCGAAUGCCGGUGAUGUACCAGUCAAAAAGACGACGAAAAAUACUUACAAUGAUGACAAGUGGCACAUCAUAACAGUUACCCAAUUGGGUUUAGAAGUUACUCUGGACGUUGAUGGAGAGGAUUUUAAGGGAAGAUUCGUACGUCAUCAGAUCAUCCAAACGACCUCUGACCUAUUUAUCGGUGGACUGGGUCCUAAGGAAAAGGACACAAUGAGAAGUGAGGGUGAACUUAUUAAAGGCUCAAUGAAGACAUUGGCAGGAGCGUCAUUUAGAGACUUAAUUUUUAAUGGAGAACUUAAGAGCUUUACAAAGGACAAGAUUAGUAGCGUAAACGUGGUAUUCGAUGUUGAGGAACUCCCUGAAAGCAAGUUGACAGAUUUCAUAAUCCCUAAACCACCAACAACAGAACCUCCUCAAACAACAACAGUUGAAUCCACACCGAAAGAACCUUCAGCAACGGUAGCUACAGAGGCUACAACAGAAAUGCCUACUACUGGAGCAAUGUCAACUACUGCUACUAUGUCCACUACCGCUGAAGUGCCAACCACUACUACAGCGCCCACCACUACAGAGACUUCUACAACAUCAGCGAUGUCUACAACAACAGCGAUGUCUACAACAACAGCGAUGCCGACAACAUCAGCGAUGCCUACAACAACAGCGAUGCCUACAACUACAGCGUCUACAAUGGCUCCGACAACAUCACAGUUUUGCAGCCCAGUUGAGCCUGUGAUAAGGGAUGCAGCGGUAAUUGAUUAUGGAAUGGAACGGUACAGCUAUGCACAGUAUACUAACAUCAUGAAAAAUGACGUCAUGAGGAAAGUCGUUGGUAGUAGGACAAAGAUUGCAUUAGAAUUCCGUGCUGCCAAUCCAGAUGGUAUCCUAUUCUAUAGUGCAGCUGGUGACGCAGACUAUACUACUUGCUAUAUGUUGAAUUGGAGGGUGAAGUGUCGYUUCAAUGCUGGUGGUGGUGCUGCGGAUCUCGUGUCGAAGAAGAAGUACGACGAUGGAAAAUGGCACAAGUUACUUUUCAAUCGUAAGAGGAAGAACGGUACKUUAAGGAUCGACAAUACUAAAGUAGCAAGUGGCACUGGUGGAGGUUCACAAGGGAAUGUAGACGGACUCAAUGAUUUCUACUUAGGAGGGGUACCCAAAGGAUUUUCGCCCAAGCGUGUUGAGGACAAGCAAUCACAAUGGGCGUUCCCAGGAUGCAUCCGAGGUCUGACCGUGUCCUCUAAACCAGCUGGAGAACCGGACAAAAAACAAGGGACAACUGGCUGUGCUAAGGGUAACGUAGAGAGCGGUGUACACUUUGACAAUGGUUUCAUCGUUGUAGACGAUAAGUUUGGAGUUGGCUUCAAGAAAACGAUAAUGUUGGAAAUCAGACCUCARACAGACACUGCGUUGAUUUUAUCAGCGAUUAGUCCUAAAGGAGACUUUAUUGUCCUAGAGCUCGUUAAGGGAGAGAUAAUAUUCCGAAUGGAAAAUGGCAAUGGUCCAAUCGAGGUACGUUACACUCCCAGUGUCAAAAACGAACUUUGUGAUGGUCGAUGGCAUCGCAUCAGAGUUGUGAAGAAUGGCAAGAAUGCCGCGUUGACUGUAGACGAGAACGAUGAAAACAGUCGCUCUGGUGAUGGCAAACUACAAAACGCAGACAUCUUUGAUCCUUUGUACCUCGGUGGGGUUGCAGACGGAUUUUCUCACAAAGGUCUCACCACGACAGAGCGUUUUAAAGGAUGUAUGCGUAGCUUGGUCGUAGAGAACGUCAAAAUGGCACCCAUCUACCACCCCGUCAGGCAGGCUGGCAAUGUAUACAUUGGGGGCUGCCCAAUGGCACCAGCACCACCGCCUUAGAAAUCACCGCAGAAUAUUUUCUAUUUCUAGUUGAAAUCAUAACAAUUUUGCUACUUGGAUUGUUUUAUUAGUUCUUUUAUUUUUAGAAAAGCAAGAUCUUUUUGUGCGUUUUUAAAGUUAAGGAUUUUGUUAAUAAAAUGUAUAUGAUAUAUUGA